CACCACGCAUCAUGGCGGCCAAGGCGGACAAGGGGUUCAAGUACAUCAUCGAGCACAUGGAAGAGGAUGAUGCGGCGACGCGCGCGCUCCCCGAGUGGGUGCGGCUCGAGUACGCGCACAUGCUGCAGCUUGUGGGCCCUGCGUCUUCGGUGUGCUUUACGUCGCUGAGCGCGUCCUCUGUGCCCCCGCUCGAGGCCUACCUCAAGUCCAAGGCUGAGGGGGACAAAGCCGUGCUCGCGACGGAACCCGUGCUGCGGUUUUUGGAAGCGCAGAACCCACCGAUCCCGCAGGCGCGCGUGUGCUUGCUCGAUCCGCGCGCCGAGGCCGCCAUCGCGCCGGAGGACGCGGACGCGUUCGACGUGUUCCUGUACGGCGGGAUCCUCGGGGACGACCCGCCGCGCGACCGUACCGGCGAGCUGCGGCGGCUGGGCUUUGCCGGGCGCCACCUCGGGCCCGUGCAGAUGACGACGGAUACGGCGCUCGGCGUGACCAAGAUGGUGGUGGAGGACGGGGUGCCGCUCGACAAGAUCCCGUUCACCGACUUCCCGACCAUCACGUUCAACAAGUACGAGAGCAUCGAGAUGCCGUUCCGCUACGUCCAGGACGGGGCGGGGCAGCCGAUCCUGCCGCCCGGCAUGAAGGAGCACCUCAAAGCCGACUUGAACCGGACGAUUGAUGACUUCUAGGCCGAGCUGAGCAUAGAUGCAUGUACUAGUACUCUGUCU